AUGGAAGAAAACGGCGGAUUUAAUCACAGACACACGACAUUAUAUGGCAUUGCUCAUAGCAACGGGCGUACACAUACACACAUCAUUUCAAUCAGAAGUUUAUUGAGAAAACGUAUGACAUCAAAGUGCAGAUCAAAAAAGAGAUUAGGUCAAAAGCUAACAAGCCGUCAAGUGGAACCUGUGAAUUAUGAAGAUGGUCCAGAAGAUUCGACCCUAGCGACAAACAAAGAUGAAGAAGAAGAACUUUUUGAUUUUGGUUGA